AUGGUACUUUGCCCAAUCAUCCUACUGCUAGCCUUGGGCGGCACCGCAGUAGCAGCACAAGAACCCGGACGAGUUGUCUUGGAAUCGACAUCCAACCUACCGGAAAACUGGAGGUUAUCCCGUCCAGCAGCCGAAAGCGACAAGAUCGACCUCCGGAUCGCUCUCAAACAACCGCGAGCAAAAGAGCUUGAGGUUAGACUGCUCGAAAUUAGCACAGACCCAUCCCACCCGCAAUAUCGACACCAUUUGACCCGAGCCGAGGUUGCAACGUAUCAGUCACCAGCUCCGGGAGCCGCAGAUGCAGUCGUGAGAUGGUUGGAAGAAAACGACGUGAGGCGUGUUGAAAGGAAUAGUGAUGCUGCUGGCUGGAUCGGCUUCACUGCGACGGCAGGACAAGUCAAGACCAUCCUCCAAGCGGACCUGGGUUACUUUACAUAUGAUGGCGUCAACGAAACCGCCGUCCUCCGCGCUCCCAGAUACAGCAUCCCUGCUAACCUGGAGUCGAGCAUCGACUUUAUCCAUCCUCUGGCCCAUUUCAUGACACCGGCGAGUCUGCGUCCCAUAUUACAACCCCAGGACAAAGAUAAGGGGGCGGCGGCGGGAGGUGCAAAUCAAUGCAGCAGUGGCGUGCAGCCGUCUUGCCUCCGUGCGCUUUAUGGCAUCAAUUACACCCCUCCAGUCAACCGCAAAGACGAUAAACCAUCGCCCGCCCGGAUGGCCAUCGCCGGCUUUCUGGAUCAGUAUGUCAGCCCAAGCGAUGUCGAUUCGUGGAUGCGGACAUAUGCCAGGAACAUUCCCGCAAACUAUACGGCCUCCAUCGCCUUCGCCAACAACGCCACCAACGAUCCCUCCCAUCCGGGCUCCGAGGCCGCGUUAGACAUACAGUACGCCCUUGCCCUCGCCUACCCAACACAGGUCAGCUACGUUCUGACCGGCGGGCGGGGCGGCAAGCUCGACGGCAACGGCAACCCCCUGCCGGACGACAAGGCCGACAACGAGCCCUACCUUGAGUUCCUAGAACAUCUGCUCGCCCAACCCGAUGAUCAAAUCCCCCACGUCGUCAGCAUCUCCUAUGCCGACGACGAGCACACCGUGCCGCGUCCCUACGCCGAGCGCGUCUGCGGAAUGUUCGCCCAGCUCGCCUCCCGCGGCGUCUCCGUCCUCGCUGCGUCGGGCGACGGCGGUAGCACAGGCAUAGGCCGGUCGCGGUGCUCGCUCCCCGACGGGCCGGCCGGCAACCGCCGCCGCGCUACGAUCCCAACCUUCCCGGCAUCCUGCCCCUGGGUCACGGCCGUGGGCGCCACCGACAACCAGGGCCCGCCCGUGACCGGCGCCUUCUUCAGCGCUGGCGGCUUCAGUAACUACUUUGCCCAGCCCGAGUGGCAGGCCGAGGCGGCGAGGGGCUACGUGACCAAACUGAAGAGCGGGGAGGUGUCGGACGGCAAGAGCCCAGGCGAGGACAUGUACGACGCGGGCGGGCGGGCCACUCCCGAUAUCUCGGCGGUCGGGGCCGAGUUUGUCGUGCGGCGGGAUGGGAGGGACGCCAACGUCAUAGGCACAUCGGCGUCGACGCCGGUCGUCGCGGCCAUGGUGGCGCUGGUCAACGAUGCACUGUUACGAUCAGGAGCCAACAGCACGGGCUGGCUCAACCCGGCGCUGUACUCGGCGCGGUUCCGGGGCUCGGCCGUCGUCGAUGUGACCCAGGGGAGGUCCAAGGGUUGCUUUUUCCAGAACGACACGACCGGAGUCGGGAUGACGGUCCCAGGAUGGCCCGCCGCCGAGGGUUAUGACCUGAUCACUGGUGUUGGUACUCCCAAUAAUUUUGACAAGUUUUUAGUUGCUCUUCGUUGA